AUGGCAAAAGAGAUUACGGUGCGACAGCUGUCUGGGGAGGAAGAGUCAUUCCAAGUGUUUCCGGACAUGACUGUCGGUGAGUUCAAGCGGCAGCGGCGCGGGUGGCUGCGCUGUGCAGACGAAUCAAUGCGAAACAUGAGCUCGGUGGAGCUGGUUCUUGGAGACAGGCCCCUGUUGAACAACAAGGAGUUGGUGUCCAAUGCAAUUCCAGGUGCAGAAGUGUUGGCUUUCCUGAGCAUAAAGCCGGUGACGUGCUCAAGCCUCGAAACCUCCGGGGUCAAGCCUGAGGAUCUGCGAGUGGUGGAAAUUCCAGAAAGCAUGGCUGAGAUCGGAGAAAGGGCCUUCUUAGACUGCAGCUCAUUGGCAGACGUGACCAUCCCCAACUCCGUCACUGUGAUUAGAGAAAAUGCCUUCCAGAGUUGCAGCUCAUUGGCAACUGUGACCAUUCCCAGCUCUGUGACUCAAAUCAGCAGAAGUGCCUUUCAGGGUUGCCGCUCAUUGGUAAAUGUGACCAUCCCCGACUCUGUGACUGAGAUUGCAGGAAAUGCCUUCCGAGGUUGCAGCUCAUUGGCAAACGUGACCAUUCCGAACUCGGUUACUGUAAUUGGGGAUUCUGCCUUUGGAGGUUGCAGCUUGGCAGGCGUCACCAUUCCCAACUCAGUCACUCGCAUCGCAGGAUGA